UGAGAUGCCACACGGACACACCCGGGAGACUGAGAGGCGCCCAGUCUGGGACCAGGGACGGUUUCCCAUCUGUCACCAACAUUAGGGAACAGCAAUGGCCUCCGCCGACGAUUUCAAGUUUCAAGAAUUCACUGAAGCGACUGACUUACUGUCUGCUGAUCCAAACGCCACAACAAAGAGUCUGGGGGAGGAGAGCCGGCCACAACAUGCCACUCUGCACGUGGGCGGGGAUAGCGAAGAGGAGGCGGGCGAGUCAGACCAGACUGGGCUUUUGGCCUCACAAAAGAAGACAUCCGGUUUUUGGACCUUUCAGUACUAUCAGGACUUUUUUGACAUAGACACGUACCAGGUUCUGGACAGGAUCCGAGGCUCCAUUAUACCCAUUCCAAGGCGGAAUUUUGUUCGGAAUCAUCUAAAGAACAGUCCUGACCUGUACGGACCAUUUUGGAUCUGUGCUACACUAGUAAUUACAGUAACGAUCAUGGGGAACCUGGGAACAUACACAAUUCUACAUGAUCAAGAAGACUACCAGUACAGCCCCGAGUUCCACAAGUUGUCCGUGGCUGGGGUGGCUAUAUAUAGUUACGCAUGGGCAGUCCCUUUGGGCCUCUGGGGUUUCCUUCAGUGGAGGAAAGGGGUGAGCCCUGAAGUUGGUGUGUACAGCUUCAUGGAGACUGUUUGCAUUUAUGGCUAUUCACUCUCAGCCUACAUCCCUGCCACAGUUCUCUGUGUGGUCCCUCAUGAAACCUUCCGAUGGAUCUUGAUCCUUGUGGCUAUGAGUCUGUCCAGCCUUGUUCUUCUCCUCGCCUUUUGGCCUCAUAUCCAAAGAGACAACAAGGUGGUGGUGAUCUCGUUGAUGGCCGUUAUGGUAGCGCUGCACGUGCUGUUGGCUGUGGGUUGCAAGCUUUAUUUCUUCAGACCACCGCCCACAAGCAACAACAGUGACUCCUCUGCAAACACCGCGGCCCAGAAAAUAAAUCAAGCCACCACCUAGUCCCCACACCUUGGCCAUCCUCAGGGUGAGAGCCGGGUGCUGGCGAGUGAAGGUUUCUGCCUCCUGAGCUGGAGGGUAUUUAUACAAUAUGAGUCUGUUGUAAGGCCCAUAACUGAAGGGCCCGUCUCAAUCCAGCCCAUUGCUCACCUCUAUAGGAGCAAAGCAAUAGAAACAGAAGGGCUGUCUUUUCUCUCAUGAGUCUCUUCUCUAUGGUUUUCUGAUUUAGAUUCUAUGUUUUUGGCUAAUACAGAGUCAAUAUAAAAAA